AUGGCUGCGGUGGAGCGUCCGCAGGCCACGGAGGGAGUCCGGAUCGCGCUUUUGUGUGUCUGUUGGUAUACUGUCAGCUCGGGCGGUAACGUCGUCAACAAAAUUAUACUGAACGGAUUCCCUUAUCCUGUCACCGUGUCGCUCUUCCAUAUAUUUUCUAUUGUUUUAUUCCUUCCGCCGCUGUUGCGUGCUUGGGGGGUCCCCAAAACCGAACUGUCUGGGAGAUACUACCGAUGGUAUAUUCUGCCUUUAGCUUUUGGAAAAUACUUCGCGUCUGUGUCGGCUCACUUCAGUAUAUGGAAGGUACCGGUUUCGUACGCUCACACAGUGAAGGCCACGAUGCCCAUAUGGGUGGUCCUGCUGUCACGCGUCAUCAUGAAGGAGAAGCAGACGAUGAAGGUGUAUGUGUCUCUGAUCCCCAUCAUUGGGGGGGUCCUCCUCGCCACGGUAACGGAGUUGUCCUUUGACCUCUCGGGGCUGAUCAGUGCCCUCAGUGCCACCGUCUGCUUCUCCUUACAGAACAUCUUCUCCAAGAAGGUUCUGCGGGACACGCGGAUGCACCACCUGCACCUCCUCAGUGUGCUGGGGCUCAACGCCGUCCUCUUCAUGCUCCCCACCUGGGUCCUGCUCGACCUCUCCUCCUUCCUCCUGCAGGAGGACCUGAGUGCUGUAUCGGGCUGGUCCGGGACCCUGGUGCUGCUGGUCCUGAGCGGGUUCUGUAACUUUGCGCAGAACGUGAUGGCGUUCAGCGUGCUGAACCUGGUGAGCCCGCUGAGCUACGCCGUGGCCAACGCCACCAAGAGGAUCAUGGUCAUCAGCACCUCCCUGCUGCUGCUGCGCAACCCCGUCAGCUCCAGCAACCUGCUGGGCAUGCUGACCGCCAUUCUGGGCCUGCUCCUGUACAACAAGGCAAAAUACGACGGCAACCAGGAGGCCAAAAAGAGACUGCUGCCCUUCUCCGAGCAGGAUGUGGUGACCUUUGACCCCGGGGCGCUGGGUUUGGAGAAAGUGCCGCCCCACAAUGGGGCAGGGCCCGGUCUGGACCCCAAGCACUUCCUGUACAGCCGUGUGGGCCCCGGGACGGCCCCGUAUGAUGUGUAGGGCUGAGCCUGGGGGUGUGUGUGUGUGUGUGUG